AUGGAGACAGCCCCCAAGACAGAGCUGCUGGCCAAGACUGUGGUCUGCGGAGGAAUGCACACGGCCGCUCUUACCUCCGAGGGGGUUGUGUACUGCUGGGGGCGUGCGGACAGCGGGCAGCUGGGGAUCGGCGCGGCAUGGGUCCACGAGACUUCGUCAGGGGUGAUGGGCGUCGAGUGGCCGAGGAGGGUUCGCGGGUUGCUCGAAGGCCGCCGCACGGUGAGGCAACGCCUUGAUGAUGUUGUUGUCCCGCGGUUGGAAGCCUUGGUAAGCGACAACGUGCCUAGUGAGGAAUCGAUCGCGUGCGGCGGUUUUCACACGGCGGCGGUGACGACGGAUGGGGAGUGCUACACGUGGGGCAAGGAAGACUUCGGGAUGCUUGGCUGCAGCAACGAAGCCCUUCUGAAGCACGUCCCCUGGGUCGAGGGGAACGGCUCCGGUAGUGGAAGGCAGAAGGCCAAAGCAGUCGCCUGCGGGGGGUGGCACACGGCAGUGGUCGGCGAGAAGGGCGGGGUGUGGAUGUGCGGGAGGGGAGAGUACGGACGCCUCGGCCUCGGAGACCAGAAAAGCCAGUGGCACCUCACUCCGGUCCCACUUGAGAGGAGCCCCAUCCCUGCCCCGGUCCCGCCAUCACCGAGAUCGGCAGCAAGCGCCGGUUCCGCGAGCGACAGGCCGGGCGGGGCAGUACACGGUUUCGGGGGCACCGUAGAUUCUAGUGCUGCCGUCGUGCCGCCCUCUCCGCCACCGGUGGCGAAGAUUGGAGAGGGGGCGGCGGUCCGGACGACGGAUCCGGCGAGCAUGGUUGCUCUCGGCGGGAGCCACUCACUCGUGAUGACGUCAUCAGGGCGGGUGUUUGGGUUCGGCAGGCAGGACGACGGCAGGCUUGGCGUGGAGGUGAACACGGAGGGGGUCGAUUCAGGCAGCAUGCUUCCCCUGGAGAUCUCGAACCUGCAGCUAGAGGGUUGGCGCGUGCAGUCCAUCAGCGCCGGAGGGGUGCACUCGGCCGCUAUCCUCGCUCGCCGUCCGGAAUAAGCGGUAAUUCUCUCGGAGUGGAAAUGAAAGACUUGGAAGUAUUUUUCCCAGAGUUGAAAUGUACGAUAGCAGUAUCAUUAAUGUUGACAAAGCAGUCCGGUGGGAGAGACUGCUAGGUCCUUGCCCUAUGUAGGUUCUACAGAAGAAUCUUGAGGUUUAUUGGCCUAAAGUUACCCAAUAGGAUUUGGUAGAUGAAUGAAGAGGCGUGGAUUGAGACGCCUUACGUCGUGCGGUCCCGUUGCCCGUGCUUUCACUUCUCGAAAAGUAAAGGUGGAUUCAUGCCAGAAGGUAGAACGGUUCCAAGGGCCAACAAGGGUUGGAGCAGCACGCGCAAUCGCUUUCAGGACUGGAGAGUUGAGGACUUCAAGCUAAACACAAGAUAACGCACUAGAAUUUGACCGUAGGCCAAGGCGCUCAGCUACGAGCCCCA